AUGAGUCUUCGUGCUACCGCUCUCAUAAUGCUUGUAGCUUGCGCCAACGCCCUGCUAGAUGGAAAACUACGCAAUGAUUCACAAACCUUAGACAAUGAUAUAGCUGAAUUUAUCGCAGAUGCCAUUGAGACAAUAAAGGAUAGUGGACUCGAUCCGUAUAAAAAUGUAGGGGAUUACUAUGAUAUCUCACUUAAUUAUCCUUGGCUUGGGGAAUUAGAUUUAAAGGGUUAUACCGAGAACUUUGAAUUAAUUGGUCUCAGUAACAUAAUCUACGACGUUCGUUAUGAAGAGGAUGAUCUCGUUGUAUACCUUCGUUUUCCUCGACUUGAAUCAACAAUCGAUAAAGCAGUUUGGGAAGUGAAGCAUAAAUAUAAUGUCUAUGAAAUCGAAUACGGUGGCAGGUUCGCUGUCAACGAUUUUUUUAUAACUGUUCGAGUUAAUACAGGCUCCACUGAACCUUUCGAUGAAGAUUACAAAUUUGAAGUUGGGCUUGGAAGCAUUGAGUCCAAACUGAAUAUGAAUAUUGGAGGAAAUGAUAUUUCUGAAAUUUUCAACGACUUCAUGGAAACUUCUAUACCGUAUCUGUUAAGCGUAUUCCAGGAAGAACUUGACAACAUUAUAACAAAGUUAGUAUUGAAUCUCCCCGAACUACUCGAAAGAUAG